AUGGGCGUAUCCACCGACCUCAACGUGACCUACCUCUCCUCCGGCGGCAAAAUCGGCGACUUGAUCAAAGCCGAAGUAACGUGUGAUAAGUUCGGCAAAACACUCGCUUUCACGUCCAUCAACUUCAGCAACAACAAGGGAGAGGUCUUUGCACGGGGAAGUCAUACCAAGUACGUGGCGUUGGCGUGGAAAGACCCAAACAACAUCGUUGAGGAGCUUUCACCUAAGCCGGAGAAGAAGGAGUAG